GUCUUAGUAUGCAUUUGCUUGAACGGAUAAGUUAGUUGAGACGUCCACGGACCGAAAGACAAGAAGGACAGGAUAGGGGGUAACCAUCUCUAGCACAUGAUUCGACGACGUUUAGCGCGACGAGCACUCGCAUGUCGCCUAAACAAGAAGGUAUAUCGGUCUAGAGCGCUGCAACCUAGCUAUGUCGCGCAGAUCAGUGGGGAAGGGUACGGCGCAAUGCCCUCUUGUCCUGAUAACGAACGUGUUUUGAUCUGACAUACCUUCUUAAAAACAUUAAAUUGCUUUAAUAGAGGUCGGAAGCCCUCUAAUAUCGUCUGGAAAUGGCGACACCACAGCUUCUGACAAAAUGGCAUCUGUUCGCACGUUUACUGCCGGAUCCUUGACUGUGCUGAGCCUAGCUCAGUCCGUCCUUGGCGGCGCUCCCAAACAAUGCACAGGCACAUCAGAGUUGUCAUGCCAUAAUUCCAGCAGUGUCGCCGAUACUUGCUGCUUCAAUUAUCCCGGAGGAUCACUAUUACAGACUCAAUUCUGGGAUACAGACCCCGUAGUCGGACCGGACGAUUCUUGGACUAUCCACGGUCUAUGGCCGGAUCACUGCGAUGGCACAUAUGACUCCACAUGCGACAGCAAACGCGCCUACACGAAUAUAUCUGAUAUCCUAAAGUCAUCUGGCAACGAUGACCUCCUAACCUAUAUGGAGACCUACUGGCUGCCGAAUGACAGUACCGGUGAAGAAUUCUGGGAACACGAGUGGGGGAAGCACGGCACAUGUGUCUCAACGCUCGAACCAAGCUGUUUCACCGAUUACCAGCCUACCGAAGAAGUACCCUACUUUUUCAACACAACAGUCAGCCUUUUCAAGUCGCUGCCGACGUACAAAUGGCUUUCCGAUGAGGGCAUUACGCCAAGCUCAAGCAAGAGCUAUCAACUAUCCGAUAUCCAGGCUGCGCUCUCUAAAAACCACGGCGGAGAGACCGUCUAUAUCGGCUGCACUAGUGGCGCAAUUGAACAGGUGUACUACUACUUUAACACAUACGGCUCGGUCGCCAAUGGGCAGUUCGUGCCAGCCAGUCCCGACAAUGGCGACGACGGCGGUUGCCCUGACUCAGUGAAAUACCUCCCCAAGAACGGUGGAGGCAGUGGUGGUGGUGGUUCGACAACUUCUCCCACACCGACAAGCACAACAUCUGGCGGCCCUUCACCAACGCCAACUGGAACAUUUUCAGGGAAGGGUUACUUGAACGCAGUUACCGGUGGGUCUGCUAAAGGCUGCCUUAUUAGCAGCGGUGCUUGGUAUACAACAGGUACAUGCGCAACAUUUACAGCUGCCUCUUCAGGAAGUGGCUUUACGCUGAAGUCCAGCAAGGGCUCCUGUUCAGUAUCGGGUGGCUCGCUAACCUGCGGCGCGAGCACAGCUAGCGCUGACUCUGACGUCUUUGCCGCAGAUGGCGCAAAUUUGGCGAAUGCCGAUGGGAACGAUUGGUACGCUGAUUCAGUACCUAGCGGUUCAAGCCAGGGCACUGUGUACUCUGAAAAGGGAUCGCAUGGCACCACGCUGCAAAUACAAUGGCAGAGUGCGUAGAGUACAUGUAUUAGAAUAUGAAGCAUUAUAUAUAGGCCUAGAAGACAUUCCUGUAAAUAUAUACAUCGCAACCCGUGAAGAGCAUUAUUCAAAUUUUUGUCUUCAAGGGGAACCCAUCUAAGAACCACUUUAUUCGUGCCAUUACGAGCUAUCUAGCGUAUCCAAGGAAAAUGGCGCCUUGUGUAUUUUUCUUUUCUUUUUGUCUUGCCAACGGAUGGUGUUAAACCGGGGCUCUACUGUCGGAAACCUGUAGGGAGAGC